UCGGUAUUGGGUCCGGUUCCCCAGUGGGCAGCACCGCAGCGCUGCUCGCGGUGCGCCAUGGCCGGGCUGCUGGCGCUGCUUAGCCCGGCGGGAAGAGUGGGCGCCCGGCUGCGGACCCGGACCCCUUGUCUUCCGGGAGCCGCCACCUCCUGUGCUCCACCGCUCUGGGCCUUGGCCUUGUCCCGUCCGGGGCCGGACUCCCGGCUGCUGCGCACGGCCCGCGAAAACUGCCUCAGCCGCCAGGAGCCCAGCAGAAUCACUGAGCCAGGAAGCAGUGGCAACAGCACAGAGAAAAAGCUAAGCAAAUCGCAGCAGCUGAAGAAAGUUUUCCAAGAAUACGGGGCUGUGGGCGUGUCGCUGCACAUCGGGAUCUCACUGGUGUCCUUGGGGAUAUUUUACACAGUUGUUUCCAGUGGUGUAGACAUGUCUGCAAUCCUGCUUAAGCUUGGCUUUAAAGAGUCGCUGGUGCAAUCCAAGAUGGCCGCAGGCACCAGCACGUUCGUGGUGGCCUAUGCCAUCCACAAGCUGUUUGCGCCCGUGAGGAUCAGCAUCACCUUGGUCUCUGUGCCCUUCAUCGUCAGAUACUUCCGCAGAGUGGGACUCUUUAAACCUCCAGCCACCAAGCCUUGAAGCCAGUGGUUUCUAAACUACUUUAGAAGUUAGUUGUUUUCAGGGUGGGUUUCUGGGGGGAGGGGCAGAGGCUAUAUGCUAUGUUCCUUAUGGGUUGGUUUUUACUUUUACCAGCAAAAAUCAGAUGGUUUAGUUUACUUUUUUUUUUUUUUUUUUUUUUUUAUGCUGUUCCUCACAGGACCAUGUGCGUGACUUAAAAUGUCACCAAGGCAUCCAAGUGAGUUGACAGCCAGGCCUGGUGCUGCAGGCCAUUAAACUCAGGAGGCUGAGGCAGGAGGAUCUCACAUUCUAGCCUGCUUGAGCUAGUUUAGGGUCAGCAUAGCAAUUUAGUUAGCAAUUUAGUAAGACUGUGUCUUGGUCAACAGCGAAGAGGGGAAAUUAGCAGUAGAGCCCUCACCUGACUCACAGGAGGCCUAAAUUCAAUCCCAGAACAAAACAAGACUGCCUCCAAAUUGUUCCUUCUAGAUCAGUGGGGCAGGAAUCCUGUUUGCAAGCCCCCCGAGGCUAGUCUUUUCUCAGGUUCUUAAAGCAAUGAUUAAUUUGCUUGCUUUUAAAACUCCCACUCCCCGGAUUUGCACUGGCAGCAGCCCGCAGCUUAAUAUGCAAUAUUCUGCAGACAGCUGCCAGUGCUGCAACUAAUGAAGCAAAAAUUAACAGUCCGUAAUCACAAUCUACAUUAACAUCAAGCCCUUGACAUUCACAAGACUUGCUUUGGGGAAUGCAGGCAAGAACUUCUCGUGUGCUUCAUUGACUCCAGAGCAUCUUUGUCUGGAUGUGAUGGGGGUGUUAGUCUGAAAUCUCAUAGAUCCAGGGCAGUAUUGUUUGUAAAAUAUAGGAUCGCUGCUCAAUUGUAAUGUCAUCAUUUGGCUCCUGAUGCCCUUAUUCAGGGGAACUCAGAACACUCACAUAGAAGCUAAAAAGCAUCCUAGCUUUCUUGGACAAUCCAUUCAGCUAUCCGAGUGCUGGGAUUAAAGGUGAGUGCCACCGAGCCCGGCUGCCAUUAGCUAUCUGAAACUUGAGGCAUUCCAGAGCUGACAUGUUCACAAUGUGCCAAUGAAUGUUAAUUGAAUUAAAUCAUAUGCAUAAAAUAUUUGUGCCACAUUCUGAAAAACAAAAAGGAAAAUAAUGCCUGUUCUAACUAUAAAGAAACCAAGAAAAAAAAUACAAGCUAGGGAAAAGAGAGAUGUCUUAAUUAGGGUGAUAUUUCUGUGGUGAAACACCAUGACCAAAAUUAGUUUGGGGAGGAAAGGGCUUCUUUCAUUCACAGUUCCAUAUAACAGUUCAUCAAAAGCAGUGAGGGCAGGAACCUGGAGGCAGGAGCUGAUGCCUGAGGCUAUAGAGGGGGUUCGGCUUGCUGGCUUGCUUCCCAUGGCUUGCUCAUCCUGCUUUAUUAUAGAAACCCAGGACCACCAGCCCAGGGGUGAUAGUGGUCUCAGUGGCAGUGGUUUCAACCUGUGGGUUGCGACCCCUUUGACAAACCUCUAUCUCCAAAAAUAAUGUACAUUAUGAUUCAAAACAGUAGCAAAUAAAAAUAAUUUUAUGGUUGGUGUCACUACAA